AAGUUUUGGAUUUUACUGGCUGCGUUUACCAACAAGCCCGUCUUGCGCUACGUCUUCGUAAACGUCACUCGACUUGCAAACAUGGCAACCAUCGGACUGUUGGGCAUCGAGCACAUGUACAAGUAUGUCAGCCCGGUCAAUCCGGCUGUCUACCCGCACCUCACGCUGGUGCUCAUGGGCAUUGGCCUGUUCUUCAUGGCCUGGUUCUUCGUCUAUGAGGUCACCUCGACAAAGUUCACGCGAGACCUCUUCAAGGAACUCAUCAUCUCUCUAGUCGCCGCAGUGUUCCUGGGCUUUGGCAUCCUCUUUCUGCUUCUCUGGGUCGGCAUAUACGUCUAGCAACGUAGCAACACGUGAUGCCGUUGGGGGGGGCUACCUCUUUUGGGUCCUGUUGGAAUGAAUGGAUGGCAUUGGUUACUCACCUUGUACUUCAAAAAGCAUCUCAUCGUUGUUUCUCUCUUUUUUAUUCUUUCAAAUUGUUGUACAUUCCUUGUGAAUUAAAGUAAAUGAAGUCUGUUUUCAAUUAUACAGAGUGCAUUGCCUGAUUACAAAUGCUCCUGGCUAGUUCGGAUAAGCCUUCGUUCUUCCUUUCUUUGCCAUUGAAUAAAUCGGUUUCAUAUUUACAA